AGAAGCUGCCAGCCUCUUUUCGCAUUAGACUGAGGUCGAGAGAGUGAGAGAGACUGUUUGUGUGUUGGGAAACAGCAAUUGUGGACUUCUAAACACAGAUUUGUCAGACUGUUUCCACUUCACUCGAACGGACAAAAGGGCACGCUCUGAAAAACCGCAAGUGACAAUGCCCUUCUGAGACAGAUAAGCAAACACACAGGCCUGCUAUCACGGGAGCACCGGGUCUCUAGCCCUGAGCAUGUGUGGGCAACCUGCACGGGCAUCAUGAUCUCGCACUAUCCGCUGGCAUCGCUGCUCCCCUGGCCGCCCAUCCCACACUGUCUGGACCUAGAUGGGGAGGGAGGGGUGGCCCUGCAGAGGUACCAACCACGAUCACCAGAGAGCAGCCCUCGUUGCUGGAGCUCUGUGCAGGACUGGGGAGAGGAGGUUGAGGAAGGAGCCAUAUACAACGUGACGCUGAAGAGGGUCCAAAUCCAGCAGGCGGCUAACAAAGGCGCAAGAUGGCUGGGGGCAGAGGGUGACCGCUUGCCCCCAGGUCACACAGUCAGCCAGUUGGAGACGUGUAAGAUCAGAAGUAUCCGGGCGGGGACACUGGAACGUUUGGUAGAGACACUCCUCACAGCGUUCGGUGAUAAUGACCUGACCUACACCAGCAUCUUCCUCUCCACAUACAGGGCCUUUGCUACUACACAGAAUGUACUGGAGUUGCUGCUGGACAGGUAUGGUAGUUUUGAGGAUUGUGAGGGGGAGCGUAACCAGUGUCGGACUGGAGAGAGCAGAGUUGCUGUGAGAACUGCUUUGGCCUCUAUUCUAAGAGGCUGGUUGGAUCAGUGUCCAGAGGACUUCCAGGAACCUCCAUCAUAUCCGAGCUUGCAUCGUGUGCUGGGUUUCCUGCGGAAGGCCAUGCCAGGCUCAGAGCCAAUGCGCCGGGCUCAAAGUCUGCUAGAACAAUUGCGUGUCCAGGCCAGCCUAGAGAAUGAGACUGAAGGAGGCUUUCAGUACACCAACCCUUUCUGCAUUGGGGAAGAUGAGGAAGUGGAAAUCGAUUUGCAGGAGGACUUCUUCUCCUUCAAGGUUGACCUUGGAGCAGAGCAGCUGACUUAUAUGGAUGCGCUGUUGUUUAAGAAGGUGGUUCCUCAUCACUGUUUGGGUGCUAUCUGGUCUCAGCGUGAUAAAAAGGACGGCAAACAGAGCGCACCCACCAUCCGCGCCACCAUCACUCAGUUUAAUGCAGUAACAGCGUGCGUGGUCAGCACCAUCCUCCGUCAGCGGCAGAUACGCCCGCAUUUGCGUGCUCGCAUCAUCCAGCGCUGGAUCGACGUUGCACAGGAGUGUCGCAUCCGUAAGAACUUCUCAUCUCUGAGAGCCAUAGUAUCAGCGCUGCAGUCCAACCCCAUCUACAGACUGAAGAGAGUGUGGGCCUCCGUUUCCAAAGAUAGCAUGCAGAUGUUUGAAGAGCUUUCCGAUAUUUUCUCUGACCAGAACAAUUACCUUACAAGCAGAGAACUGCUAAUGAGGGAGGGCACCUCAAAAUUUGCCAGUCUGGACAGCUGUGCCAAAGAUCACCAGAAAAGAUCCCACAAGAGACUGCAGUUACAGAAAGAGAUGGGUGCCAUGCAGGGGACGAUUCCAUACCUGGGUACAUUUCUCACAGAUUUGACCAUGCUUGAUACAGCACUGCCUGACCAAGUGGAGGGAGGACUGAUCAAUUUCGAAAAGCGGCGCAGAGAGUUUGAAGUGAUCGCUCAGAUCAAGCUCCUGCAGUCUGCGUGCAAUAGUUACUGUCUGACCCCUGAUCCCGCAUUUCUGCGCUGGUUUAAAAGUCAGCCGCAGUACUCAGAGGAGGAGAGCUAUGCGCUGUCUUGUGAAGUUGAAGGAUUGGGAGACAACAGCCCAACGUCACCGAAACCCCGCAAGAGUAUGGUGAAGAGAUUAAGCCUACUCUUCUUAGGAAUAGACGCCACGAACACAAGCUCUCCUGUAAGAGAGAGUCCUCGAUCGCCUCCUACUGGCAGCUCUGGGGAGAGCAUGGACUCUGUCAGUGUGUCUUCCAGUGACUCAAGUCCUUCAGAGAGUGAAGGCAUGACACCCACACAUUCUAUAGACACUCAUCUGAAGAAGCUGUCCGACUCUUCCUCCUGCACCUCAUUGCACUCCAUGGACACCUCCUCUUCUACAGCCAGCGCUUCCAUAUCUCUGGCCUCCCCGACCCUUCCCGGGCCCCCCUGCAUGUACCGCCACUCGAUCUCGUUGACGCCCAUGUCCCCCACAUCACCUGGAUUUCCUCCUGCCUAUAACACACAAGCUCAGGAUGCGUGCAUUGUCCGAGUAAGCCUUGAACAGGGAAACGGAAACCUCUACAAAAGUAUCAUGCUGACCAGUCAGGACAAAACUCCAGCUGUGAUCUCUCGAGCCAUGGCCAAACACAACCUGGAGGGUGAGCAGGCCGCUGACUACGAGCUGGUGCAGGUCAUCUCUGAGGAGAGAGAAUUGGUCAUCCCCGACAACGCCAACGUGUUUUACGCCAUGAGCACAUCUGCGAACUUUGACUUCCUAUUGCGUCUGCGUGGUUCUGAGGGGAGGCCGGUUCAGCUGCGCAGUCGUUGCAGCUCCACACUACCGCGCACACAGCAACGCUCCAGUCUGUCCCUCAGGCUCAGCAAGGUCACACUGUGACCUCUGACCUUUUUUUGGACCAGAACAGGCUUUGUAA